AUGGAGCUUCCGCCGGGUUCUAGAAGCGAGGUGAAGAUUACGGUGGGAGGAGUGGAGCUGGGAAUGGAAGACGACACGUGGUCGUACCUGCGUGACGCUAUAGGGAGUGAUAUUAUAGUGAAGCCAGGGGGAACAGAGGAGGUCUUAGUGAUAGAGGCGGUUCACGGAGAUGUGGGGAGGCUGUCGCUAAGUAUUUUUCUUAAAGUCGAGGCGCACGCGGAUUGCGACUGCGAGUACCUGCUUCUGCCGAUCGACCUGACGACGUCGCCAGGUGGCGUCGUCUCAAUGGCGGAUGAGAUCGACUUCGGCACGCUGACGUCAGCGCGGGACACGGUGAUCCGCCACGUGGAAUUGGGGAACGUGGGCAGCACCAUGGCGGCCGUAGACGACGUCCGUCUCGCGGUCAGAGACGAACAUUUGCAAGCUGCCCGUUUCCGCAAAGGACAGCAGCUGCCGCCCGGGAAGGUUGUGCAAGUUGCAGAGCUGAAAUACGCAGGCUAUAGCUUGUCGGCCGGUUUAAACGGGAAAGCAGGAGGGGGAGGGGGAGGGGGAGGGGGGGGAGAGGUAGGACCGGAAAUUGAGGGUUUUACACGUAGGGGACGUGUAGUGGUGCAGACGGCGCAGUCAAGUCCGUCGCUUGUAGAGGUGCCGUUUAAAGCGCGGAUAGUCAUUGGUAGCGUGACAGUGGAGCCUGUCGAAAACACCGUCUUUUUUUUCGCAGCAGCACCGGGGAAAGAGAAGCAGCAGGAGGGAGAAUUGUCUGGGCAGCCCUGGGGAGAAAACAUUGGGUUUGUUCGAUCUGCGGUGACCAAGGAGCUGGUCCUGCGAAAUAAGUUUUCCUGCCCGGUGCUCGUAUACGAUGCGUUCUUCUCGCACGACUGCAUUCAGGCCAAGGAUUUCCCGUCCUCUCUGCUCCCCCCUGGCGGCUCCAGCAAACCGUUUCUUUUGCAGCUGAAUCCGGAGAAAUUGCCGCUGUCGCUCACUAUAGUGAACUUCACUAUAGCGACGAAUGUGAGUGAUAUGGUUGUGCCUUUGCACGUGCUGCCUGGGCUAUUGGAUUUGGACGUUCCGUUGACAGCAGGAGCAGCAGCAUCAGCAGCAGCAGGAGGAGGAGCAGCAGUUGCAGCAGCAGCCGCAGAUAGCAGCAUGAGUGCUUCCCGCUCUCCCCCCUCCCCCCGCUCUAGUACCCAGGAUGGGGCGAUAAUGGGGGGUGUUGGCACAAGGUUAUUGGGUGAGGAGGAAGAGGAAGAGGAAGAGGAAGAGGAAGAGGAGGCGGGGUUUCGCGUUGGGGGAGACGCAGGCACGCAUUCUGAUGGUCGGUACGAGGGUGAGGAGGAACAACAGCAGCAGCAGGGGGAGCAGCUGCAGGGAAACAGUCGCGGGGUUUUGGACUUCGGCUUGAUUCUCCCCGGUUCAAGACGAAACAUAUCGUUUCGCCUGGCCAAUCCGGGCCCGUUUCCGGUCGCCAUCAUGUCCGCGUCGUGCUCCUCCCGCCACGUCACUGUCCACGUCAGCGACGUUAUCCACAUGGAGGAGAGGGAGGCAGAGCGCGCCCCUGUGCCUGUGGCCAUGUCAUCUGCUCUCCCAUCCUCUCAGCAUCAAGUGUUCCACCUCCCGAUUAGGGUUUCCGCUGAUCUUAAGGCUUCUGUGCUGGGGCCAUCUAAUGGAACGGAGUUGGGCGAUCUUGUGUUUUCCAUGCCGUUGCGGGAAACCUUCGUGACUGCAAGCGGAUGUGCUUCUAACGGGAGCGAGAGCUGGGGGCGAAUGCUAGAGAGACUGCAGGACGGCGGGAGGGGAAGUGCAGGCGGUGAUAAUAGCGAGGGGAGGGACCCGUGGGGUGAAGAUGUGACUAUAGAGGAACGGGAAACGGCACAGGGGAGGCUGGACGAGUGGACGCGCGUGGUCCGUGCAGGCGAGAAUGUGAUUGUAUCGACUUUAGUUCUUGAAACGGAAGUGAUGGAAUCGGAGGCUGUGGAGGUGAAAGGGGUACUGGCGAAGCCUCGAGUGGUGUCAGAAGCUUCGUCAGGUUUGCAGUACGGUCGGGUGCAGGUGGGAACAGCAGCAGGGGAGAUGGUUUUGGUGCAGAAUCCGAGUGAUUACCCUGUGCGCGUGCGCCUGGUGAUGGCCGCAGCUGGUAUCCUCCCCUGGACCCUCAACUUAGCCUCUCACUUGAGCGUUCCCUGGCUGGGUUUUGGAGCACCUUGGCUUGGGUUGGGUGUAACGAAGGAGAGAGAGGAGGGUGGGGCGGGUUUUACCUUGGCGCCGGAUGCAGUGACGGAUUUGAUUCUGCCGCCCGGGUGGGAGGGGCGGCUGGGGCCGGUGGUUUUCCGGCCGGAUGCUGCUGGGUGUGUGUAUAACGGAUCAGUCUAUGUGCGGAAUAAUCUGACGUUGUUGGAAGAGGUGAGGAUGGUGGGGGAAGGGGGGUCGGGGGUGCUGCAUGUGAUUGGGAGCAGAGGGCCGGAAAUGCUGCUGAUGGUGAAUGUGACUGAAGAGCAUGUGCUUGUAAAGGAGCGGCGGGGGAGGAGGCUGGUGGGAGCGGCAGGGGGGGCCUAUCCGAGGUUUUAUGUGACUGAAGUGGAGAGCAGCGUAGGGAGGGUGAAAUGGCCGGUAGUGGCCGAGCGGAAGUUCAAGCUGGUUAACCGGGGCGAUUUACCCUUGAAAAUCUUGAGUAUGAGCCUGCACGCGAGCAAGAGCAAGGUCGUGUGUUCCCUCCGUGGAUUCUCCAUCCAUCCAUGCGAGCCCUUCACUCUCGCCCCUGGCCAAUCCACGCCUCUGCUCCUCUCUUUUACACCGGAUCUCACCUCGACUAUAGUUCGUGCCGUCCUCCAUAUAGAGUCAUCCGCUGGUGCGCACGAGCUGCCAAUCCGAGGGUACAUUCCGAGGAACCUUGCAGUGAUUGCUAUAGACGCGGAGCCGAGGCAUCCUAUGGAUUCAGUCAUGAAAGCUGUGGUGGCUUCGAUGCUAGUAGCCAUGUUUGGGCUGCUGGUGCGGGCGGCUGUGUCUCAGCUUACGCUGUUCCCCUCCCCGUGGUUCCCCGGGUUCUCUGCUGCUGCGGCGGCAGCGCUGACUAGGAGACUGCAGAAGAAGCAGAAUGCGCUGCUGCUGGCGAAUCAGCUUCAUGGCUCCGCUGCUGGCGGGGGAGGGGGAGGGGCGUCGGGCGGAGGGGGAGGCGCAGGGGGAGCGGGAGGUGUGGGGUUGGUUGGGGGAGUGGGGGUUGGCGGGGUGGGAGGCAGGAGUUUUCCAGCAGAUGCGGAGACGCGAGCGCGAGUGGUCAGGGUUCGAGUCUCGGUGGCGCCGAUUUCUGCAGGGAGAGGGCAGGGAGGAGAAGCGGGUGGAGGGGUGAGUGGCGUUGUGGGGAUGCCUGUUGGGAAGGGGCAUGACGGCCCUAUGGGGGAUUCUGGGGCGUCCUGGGUGGUAACCCGAGUGGAGAAGGUUACAGAUGGGGCGGAUGGGGAGGAUGAUGGCGUUACUGAUGCUGAGAUUGGGCUUGGACUAGAAACGGUGCUGGCAGUGCGGAAGCAGCAUAUGGAGCAACAGCAGCAGCAGGAGCAGCAGCAGCAGCAAAAGCAGCAUGUGGGUUUACCAAGUCAGCAGGCGUCAAGGCUGGUGCUGAAUGCUCCCCAGGCAGUGGAGCAAGGGAAGAAACAUACGGGCCAGAAGCCCGAGUCUGCAGCAGGUCAGAUGGCAUCCCAGCAACAGCCGGAGCAGCAGCAGCAGCAGGUGGGUGUUGAUCGUGGGGCAGGGAAGAGUGCGAUGCUGGUUGCAGGAGAGGCAACUGUGACAGCGGUGGCAGGUGCAGCUGGUCAGGCAGCACGGAAGAGCGCAGACUUAGGAACAGCAGGGGCGUUUGCGCCUGCAGCAGGUUCAACUGGGGGAGGCGUAGCUGUUGCAGGUGGAGUGGGAGGGGAGUCAUUUGGGACCGGGUUACCCGAUGCGGCUCGAGUGUUUGUGAAAUCCGCUUCUGUUCCUUCAGGGGGUACUGGGGGCGAUAAGGCUGGGAAGGAGGGAAGUGGGGCGACUUGGAACCCCAGUGCGUGUAGCAAGGGGGGUGGUGGUAAAGGGGGGAAGGAGGGGGUUGGUAAAGGGGAGGAGAAGAAGCAGCGUGGGAAGAAGGGGAAGGAGGAGAAGAUGAGAGAAAGGGAGUUGGAGAAGGAGAAGGAGAAGGAGAAGGGGAAGGAGAAGGAGAAGGAGAAGGAGAAGGAGAAGGAGCGGGAGAAGGAAAGGGAGAAGAAACAGGCGGAGAUGGAGGCUCAUUGUGAGAAGGAAUCAGGUAAGUCAAAGGAGAACGAGCAGGGACGCAAGGAGGAGGAGAGUGAGAAGGAGAAGGGAAAGAAGACUCAGAAGGAGGAAGGAAAGAAGGGGAAACUCAAGGAGAAGGAGAAGGCUGCAGAGACUGAAGAGGUGAAGGAGAAGGGAUCGAAAGGCAGUACAGAGGCGGCCAGAGAGAAUAAGGGAGAGCAUGGGAAGGAGGAGAAGAAUCAGGAGGGUGGGAAGGAGGAGAAGAAGGUGGGAGUGGUUGAGAAGCAAGGGGUGGGGGAGAAGCUAGGGGCGGUUGACAGGAAGGUUGCAGAGGAGAAGCAAGGUGCUGUGGAGACGGGGAAGAAGAAGAAGAAGGGCCAGGCAGCAGCACGGGAGCCGUCACCUGCUCCUAGUGCCCCUGCUGCUGCUGGUUCUCCUCCUGCGAGCACUGCUGCUGCUGCUGCUGCUGCUGCUGCUGCUGCUUCUGUGGUCGCAGCAGAAAAACCUGCUGGGGCUGACAAGAAGAAGGGUGCAGAGCUCGAGAGUCCCACAAAGGAGGGUGGUGGUGGGAAGAAGCAGGGGCCUGGAGAGAAGGAGAGGGAAGGAGGCGGAGGGAAGUUGAAAGAAGUGUCAGGAAUUCUCACCACUUCCCACCACCAGGGAAUCAGGGAAUCUGCUGUGGUCUCUCCUCCUUGUGCUCCCAGACAGCCCUCUCCGGCCCCAUCAGCUGGUCAAAGCACUGGUAGCAGUAGCAAAAGAGAUGCCGCAGGUGCUGGGAUCAGUGCUGCUUCGGCAAACGAUCUUGCUCUAGCUGGUGUGAAGCCUGUGGCUAUUGGGAAGACUGCUGCUCGGGCACUGCUUCAGCAGCAGCAGAAGGAGAAGGAGCAGCAGGCAACGCAGCAGAAGCUUCAGCAGCAGCAGCAGCAGCAGCAGCAGCAGCAGCAGCAGCAGAAGCUUGUGGGCCGUGGGUCUGUAGCAGCAGCUGGUGCAGCUGGCAUGAGGGUUACCCCAGAGAAAGCAGGUUUGGCUGUUGGACGGGGCAAGUCGGCUGCUUCUGGUGGUUCAGCUGGCUCGGCUGGAUUACCUUCUGGCAGGCAAGUUGCUCGUUCCUUCUCCCGCUCCCCACCACCACCGGACCCCUUUUCUCCUCCUGCAGAAGCAGCAGCAGCGGCAGCAGUGCCACCAGCAGCACGGCCAACAGCAGUUGGCGAAGGCGUUGUGCACAGCUGGCACGUUCAGAUAUCUGCUUCCUUCUCUUCACCUCUGCCUGCAGGACUAGGGGGGAUAGGAGGUGGGGGAGGAGGGGGAGGAGGCGGAGGAGGAGGAGCGAGCAGGAUGGCAUCUAUUCCCAAGACCCCUUCCUUUGUCAACACCUGUUCCGACCCUAUCCUGGUGCAUCGGCGCCUUCCCCCCUCCUCCACCCCUGUCGCCAUCGGCAGCGGCAGCAGCACCAGUAGUGGUGGCGGCGGUGGCAGCGGUGCUGGUUCUGCCGCUGCAGACUCCUGGAAGGUUCCAGGGUUGCUGAGCCCGGGCAGCCGAGUGGGGAGUUUUCUUGGUGGGGGGAGUAGCAGUGGGGGGAGCGGUGGCAGCAGGGGGGAGCUAGCAGCUGCUGCGGAUCUGGCAGUGGGCUCGUUUGCCAGGAGUGGUAGCAGGGAGGAUGGGUUGCCCGGAGCUGUGGCGUUUGGUGGCAGUCCUGCUGCUGCUGCUGCUUGUGCUGGUGGUGGUGGAGGCACGGGGGUUGCUGCAGCUUCAAGGGGUGGGGUGCGGUUGGAAGGUUCUUCAGGUGGUGGGCUGGCAGGAGCAGGUGAUGACGAAGCAGCUGUGUACGAUCUGUGGGGUAACCAUUUCGACCACCUUGCAUCGUUUGGGACAUCCCCACACCCAACAGGCAUCUCCCACCCAUCAAGCCUCUUCUUUUCAGACCGAGGCUUUCUGACCGCCUCUCCUCCUCCACCCACCACCUCCUCUGUACCCCACUCCUCGGGAAUCCUCGGGCCUUCACUCCUCCACGGCUCGCCCUCCUCUCCUCGCUCCCCGCGCGUGAUUGCACCACCUGCCAGAACCAGGGAUGCUCUGUCCCCUCCUCGUGACCAGUAUCUUUUCUCCUCUACCAUCUCUGGAACUCCUGAGGCUGACGGCCUUCCCCGUCGCCCCUCCACUGAGCUCUUCUCUUCUCCUUUUGGGGGGUUUUCUCUCUUUCCUACUACUUCACUGUCUGCUUCUUCGCCGGGGGAUGCUGUUCUAGGCCCCCCUUCCAGGUCUGCUUCUCCAGCUCCCUAUGGAUACCCGGAUAGAGGGGGUGGGUUGGGAGCAGGAGGUGUGGGGUCGGGAGGCGAAGGUGCGGUUACCACUGGUGGAUUGUUUGGAGCUUCAGGGGAUGCAAGCCUGCAGGGUCCUGUGAGCUCCCCGUUUGGGUUCGGGGUUUCAGGAAUCGACAUGGAGGCGUACUUGAAUUGUGGGGUUGCAGCGGAUGCUGUCAGCCCUGCGUUUAUGAGGACUUCAGAUGUGGAGUCGUUUUGGUCGCAUGGGGCUCCAGAGCAAGCGCUCCAUGGACAUAUUUCAUCAAGCGGAGAGAGUGAUGACACAAGCGCACAGCCAUGA